AUGCCGAAGUGCGGAGUGAUUUCUACUCAAGAUUUUGUUGUUAUAAGAAUUCUAAAAGGGAUGGGAGAGCCUUCCUUGGUUGGUACGUUCCCUGUCCUCAAUCGAAACAACUACCAAGUAUGGGCAUCAAGGAUGCAUCUUCAUCUCGAUGGCUUGGAGCUUUGGGAGAUUGUCAAAGCCGAGAAUGCACCAAGAAAGAAGGAUCGUCAAGUGAUGUUGAUCAUGUUUAGCACGAUCUUAGAUGAGAUCACGUGGGAACUUGUUGUGGAGAAGACAGCCAAGCAAACUUGGGAUUUCUUGAAGACCAAGAAUGGUGGCAUGUCUCAUCUCCGCAUGGCAAGAAUUCAAUCACUGAAGAGAGAUUUUGAGUUUCUCUCCAUGGAUGAGGAUGAAUUAGUCUUUGGACUAUUUCGGCAAGGUCUCCAAAGUGGUGGUUGAAAUGAGAAGCUGAGGAGAAAAAAUCCCGAAUGAUGAGAUUGUCUUCAAGCUUCUCAGAUCUGUCUUAGGUAAGUUUGGUGCUAUAACCUCUUUGAUUGAUCAAUUUCAAGAUUUUGAUUCACUUACCCUAGAUGAGGUGAUUGGAUCUUUAAAGGUUCAUGAGGAUAAGUUGAAGGAUUGAUCAACUAAGAGAGGAGAAAAGGCUCUUUUAGCUAGAGCUUUUGGAAAGUUCAAAAAGAAAGAAGAUGACAACUCAAGAGGAAGAGGCACAGGUUGCGGUAGAAGUCAAGGAAGAAGUAGUCAUCGUAAUGAAAAUGGUGGUGAAGAGGAUGAAAAGCCUAGAGAUAAGUCAAAAGUUACUUGCUACAAAUGUAAGAAGCUCAGGCAUUAUGUGAAUGAAUGUUAUCAGUCCAAGAAAUAUCAGCUGAAGAAAGACAAGUCCGAGAAGGUAAAUAUAGUAGAGAAGGACGAAAAGAGACUUCACUUCUCAUGA